AUGUGGAUGGGACUGCCCUUCAAAAGACACACACUGGCAAAAAACAGGUUACAUAGUCAUAUAUAUAUUAAUUGGCACCUAUAUCUAUAUCCUAUGGACUUUAACAGCCACAACAGUGUAAGGGAAAAUUACCAAAGUGGUGAAAAUGGCGAAUUACUUCACGAAUGGUUUACUCUGAUUAAUCUGGAACUCAUCUAUAAUGCCAAGGAUAAGGGAGCGUUCAGGUCAAGAAAGGGCGAAAAGACUACACACCUCAUAAACUCAAGAACUUCCUUAGAUGGCUCAAAUAUUGUGACAAGGUAUAGACAACGGGAUUUUCUCCAUGGCCAACACAGACCUGUAAUUUUUAGAAUAUGGUCUAAAAGUUCCACUAAUACGUUCAAUACUAAAUCCACGGUGGAACUUACCAAAGGCAAAAUGGAACAAAUAUGGUAUAAUGAAUUAUACGUCUAUACCACGUCAUUCAAUGCAUACCGCUAA